GGCAUUCUCCCGCGCUCCGCCCGGCCGUGCGCACGCGCCGCCAUGAUGCUCGCCGGAGUACAAGUGCUGGACAAGGACGCGGUGCAGUACCGCAGCCAGGAUGCCCCGGCCAGCCAGGACGGGGGCUCGGGGUCCGCCACGCCCCCCGCGCCGCCCUCCUCCACCCCCGCGCAGUCCCUCGCCCGGGUGCCCUCCCGGGGACCUGUGGACAUGAACUUCACUAAUGUCACCUGCACCGUGAAGCUCGGCAUCAACAAAGGCUACAAGCAGAUCCUGCACGGGGUGAACGGGCGGCUGCGGCCGCGGCAGCUGGUGGCCAUCAUGGGUCCCUCGGGCGCCGGCAAGUCCACGCUGCUGGACGUGCUGUCCGGGUACAGGAUCACCGGCGUCGGCGGUGCCGUCUACAUUAAUGGACGAGGGAGGAACAUGAAGCGGUUUAAGAAGAUGUCGUGCUACAUCCAGCAGGAUGACCGGCUGCAGGGGCUGCUCACGGUGGGCGAGAACAUGGCGCUGGCCGCCGACCUCAAGCUGCCCACCUCGCAGGACGUCUACGAGAAGGGCGAGAUUACGGAAGAGAUCCUCACGAACCUGGGUCUGUACGAGCACAUGAACACGCGCGCCUCGCAGCUGUCUGGGGGACAGAGGAAGCGGCUGUCCAUCGCACUGGAGCUCAUCAACAACCCCCUCAUCAUGUUCCUUGAUGAGCCCACCACAGGUCUGGACAGUUCAUCCUGCGCGUCAGUGGUGCAGCUCUGCCGACGGCUGGCGCACCAGGGCCGCACGAUCGUGUGCACGGUGCACCAGCCCUCAGCGUCGCUGUUCGCACUCUUCGACCACGUGUACAUCCUGGCAGCAGGCCAGUGCCUCUACCAGGGCUCCACGGCCAACCUGGUGCCGUACUUGGAGCUCGCUGGAGUGCCGUGUCCCAUUUAUCAUAACCCUGCUGAUUACGUGAUCGAAUUGGCAUGUGGAGAGUAUGGCGAAGACAAAAUUCAAGUGCUAACAAACAAAGCAGAAAACGGCAAGGCAUUAGACUGGUUCGACGAUACUGACAUACCCAACAUGGAAGCGCUACGGAAAGAAUAUCCUCUGAGCUUCCUCAAAGAACAAGACGGUGACCACGGGGAAGAGGAAACGCCACAGUCAAAUCAAACCAAAGUACUUAUUAAACGAGGAUUCUUAAAAGCAAAACGUGAUGCUACUAUGACCCACCUGCGUCUGAUGGUGAACGUGGUUGUGGGCAUCAUGCUGGGGAGCCUCUUCAUCAACGCCGGCAACGAGGGCUCCCGGGUGCUGGAGAACUACAACCUUCUGUUCGCUAUCCUGAUGCAUCACAUGAUGUCGCCUAUGAUGCUGACUAUAUUGACUUUUCCAUCAGAGAUGUCGAUUUUAUCCAAAGAACACUUCAACAGAUGGUAUUCGUUGGGAUCUUAUUACAUAUCAAUAACAUUAGUGGAUCUUCCAAUCUCGUUUGUCUCGUGCGCCGUAUUCAGCGUGAUCGUGUACACGAUGUCCUCUCAGCCGCUGGACGUGGUCCGCUUCUCGCAGUUCUUCGCCAUCUCCAUCUACACCGUGCUAGUGGCGCAGAGCUUCGGCCUCAUGAUUGGGGCUGCUUUCAAUGUUGUCAACGGCACGUUCCUCGGCCCCACGCUAUCAGUGCCGAUGAUGAUGUUCGCCGGGUUCGGGGUGACGCUCCGGGACCUCCCUCCCUACCUGUACUGGGGGUCGUACAUAUCGUACCUGAGGUACGGACUGGAAGGGUACAUCGGCGCCAUCUACGGGAGGAACCGGCCCACGCUCGACUGCAAUGAGGAGAAAUACUGCCAUUACAGGUAUCCUGCCAAGUUCCUAGCGGAGGUGGCGAUGUCUCCCGACAUGUUUUGGUUCGACAUCAUGGCUCUGACUAUCACUGUCGUUAUUCUGAGGGUAGCGGCCUUCCUUCUGCUCAAGUGGAAACUAAACGCCGUGCGAUAGAACCUCAGAAUAAGAAGAGGAAACUAAUUAGUCCACUUAGGUAUAAUACAUAGCAAGUUAAGUAGUUACAGGUUUAAUGUGAUAAUCGGUAAAGUUUGCCCAGACAAAUUAAAAAACAUUGACAUUCCUAUACUUUAACGAUAUCUAUCGGGUGUGAAAUGUGUAUCUAGUUUACCAAAUUAUUAGUAAACACCAGGGUGAGAUUAAAUUUAUUAUGGAUAAGGGCUUUUAGGUAUUAACGUUUGUGAGAUCAAGGAAUUGCAUAUUUUCUGUGAUAUUGUUCCAAAUUUUCUUGCUAUGAUGUACUUGCCAAAAGACGUUGAAUAGGAGUAGGAUACAUUUUCAUAGUGCUUAAUUAUUUAUAGGAACUCGAUAUUGUACUGGCCAUACCGGAACGUUUCCUCGAACAAGGGGAUAGUUCACAAAUUGUGUAAAAAAUAUAAUUACAAAUGUGCGUUCUUCGUAACUAGAUACUUUAUCAUUUAUCUGGGAGCUAUCAUGACUUUAUUAAUCGGGAUAAAACUUAUGUCAUAAGUUGGUAGGAAUAUUUGUAAUGAAAAGUAAAGUCUAUCCGUUAGUUUUAUUUAUAUAUUUUUUAAAUACUUCUCUUAUGAGAGAAAAAUGUACACACAAAUUUGUGUUGGUAAGUCUAAGUUGCUCAAGUGUAUGUUAUUUAUUUUUUUCUAGUUUAAUAUGUAGAGAUUUAAGAUAAUUUGUAAGAAAAUGGUAUAAAUUGUUUUUUACAAGUUUCGACAUUACGAUUAAGCUAAUAAGCAUAAUUGCAAGAUUAAUAAGUAAAGUUACUUUUUGAUAUUUUAUAAGUACUUGACAAAAAAAUACUUACAAUAAAAAGUUGUAGCUAAGUAUAUCAAGUAAUCCAUUUUCAAAAUAUAAAGGCAAUACUAUAAUCUAGACUACGUAAUAAUUAUGGUGAUAUUAUCAAUAAUAUGAAUAUAUUUUUUACAAAUUGUAAAAUUGCUAAGGUACUUAGUUUGAUUAUUAAAUUUUAAAAACUA